AGCCGCUAAGCCUCCGCCCCGGAUGUUGGGGAAGCUGAGACAGAAGCUUGAGUGAGGCUGUAAUUUUGCUGCUCCUGUAGGAUCCGGAACUGAAUGGUGCAGACCGCUUUUUUCCCCCCUUAAUGUGACGAAUUCUGGAUUUAAUGGGGGAAAACGUGUGUGAAGUUCCCGGGGAUAUAACCUGACGAAUCCCCUGUCUUCAUUCCCCCUCUUGCCUUACGGUUGGCUGCGGUACCCAGGGUAUAUUUAAUUUUUUCAACUGUCUGCAGCCAUCUCUCUAAACUGUUUAAAUGAGAAUGUCCCUGGCUCAGAGAGUACUGCUCACUUGGCUUUUUACAUUACUCUUCUUGAUCAUGUUGGUGUUGAAACUGGAUGAAAAAGCACCAUGGAACUGGUUCCUUAUAUUCAUACCAGUCUGGAUAUUCGAUACUAUUCUCCUUGUAAUGCUGAUUGUGAAGAUGGCUGGACGUUGUAAAUCUGGUUACAACCAUCGAAAUGGACCACGACAUAUGAAAAGAAAGGUCUGGUACUUCAUAGCAAUGUUACUUAAGUUGGCAUUCUGUCUUGCACUCUGUGCUAAACUGGAACAGUUUACUAACAUGAAUCUGUCGUAUGUUUUUAUUCCUUUAUGGGCCCUACUUGUUGGGGCUAUGACAGAACUCGGAUAUAAUGUCUUUUUUGCUCGAAGAGACUGACUUUUAACUAUGACUUUUCAAGAUAGCUUGCAGAACAGCGAGGGGAAAAGUAUUCUGGAUAUUUACAAACUUCAAGGCCACCAAGGAACUGAAAAUCAUACCAAAUGCAGUUUUAUACUGUUUCAGUUUGUGUUAAAUCAAAUAAGUUAUUCAAGGACUUGAAGACAGCAUGAAAAGUAGUUAUUCUACAUUUGAAUUAUUAGUCUUCUUAUCCCUCCUUAUACUUGUAGAAAUAAAACUUUGUUUUGAACCACAUAUUUUUAAAUGACUUCUUUAAAAAAUCCUGAUAUACUUCAAAGAUGUAAUAAUCAAAAAUGCAAAUAUCAUAUUGAUUAACACUUAUGAACCAAUCCAAGCCUAAUAGGACUUUAAAACUAUUGGAAAAAAAGGAGCAAUGAUUUGUGUAUGAGUAGGCAUCAGCUAAGUUACAUUCUCAUUAUGAACAACAAAGCUUGCUUAAAAACAAAUGGCAUUUUUUUUGCUGAAUAAUGCAGACAGUUCUUAGGUAAGUACAGUCAGUCUACUUUCAUGUUUUCAUUAAUCUAGGCAAAAUCAUACCGGUUAUCAUUUAAGACUUUUAACACAAGUAAAAUUAAAAUUUAGCUUCCUUGCUAGAAGUGAUACGAUAACAAAAAGAAAGGGAUUCCCUCCUACUCCUGACAGGAAGCAGGCCCUCUUGGAGAAAGGUGGGGAAAAGCAGUUUUGGUGCCUCCUGCCAUACAUACAUUGUGGAUUGUUUAAGUAAUUCUUAGUAGACAAUGAAAACAUCUCAGAAUUUUUAUAUUUAAGUAGGAUUACUUAAGUACAGUAUUAUAGCUUAGAUCUGUCCUUGUUCAGACAUUUACAAUGCAGAGUUUUUUCCCAUCACCAUGAAUUGAUAAUUACAUGUUGAGGCAGCUUCUAAAAAAUCUGGCAAAGAAGUGCUUAAAAAUUAUUCCAGUAAUAAAUUUCUUUACUGUAAUGACUAUAUUUUGAGAUUCAUCAGUAUGUUGAAAAAUUUAUGUGGGGUUUUUAUAGAAGACUAGUUUGUCACACCAAUCACCUCUUUACUUACAUAGUUACUACCCUUCUUCAGGCCCUCAUCUCUGUUGUGCUGUGGCAGCCACCUAACUGGUGCCCCUAAUUCCAGUCCUUCCCUCCCCAGCCAGCCCUACGUGCAGCUUUGAAAUAGUCUUUUUAAGGUACAAUCUGACAUGACAGUUCUCUGCUCAAAAACUUGUCUCCCUCUUGCCUCAACGGUAAAAUGCAAGCUCCUUAUUCCAACUUGUAAGGCCCUCCACAAUCUGAGUUCAACCUAUUACAUCCCUUCACAAUCCAGCAGAACAUUUCAAAUGGCUAUUCCUCACCUUGAGGGAAGGCAGGGUGUUGGACUAAUAGGUGUUCACAACAUUGCAUUACAGCAUUAUCUUCAGCAUCCUGGUAAAAAGAAGAGUCAGUGGACUAGGGUUCAAGCCCAGCUUGUGUGACCUGGCAAAUCAUUUAACUUUUCUGGGCCUCACUUUCCUCAUCUAUAAAGUAAGGGACUCACAGCAGGUAGAACUCUCCAAGUUCUAUUCCAGCAUAGAGUCUGUGAUUUAAAUAAUCUCUUGUCCCUGUGCAUUCAGCCAGACCAUCCCAUGUGUUUGAAAUGCACUCUUCUUUCUCAUCUGUGCCUCUCAGAAUCCUUCUCUUCCUCGAAGAUUCAGCUCAGGUGCCACUUCUGUGAAACAUUACCUGACUUUUGCCAGAUGUUAGUGGUUUUUCCUUUCUCAAAUUGCAUUGUAUUUGCUUCUCUGUUUACAUUGUUAUUGUACCCUGACUUCCUUAGAAUGUGAACACCUCCAGGACAGGAAUUGUGUCUUUUUCUUUUAGUCUUUGCAUCCUCAGUGCCUUGUAUAUGGUAAAUGCUUAAUAAAUGUUUGUUUAAAUUGAAAUGACUAAGAUUUCAGAUCUAAAGAACCUACUUAGACCUCUAGUUUUUUGAGUUUUUUAAUAAAAUGCAGAAAAAGAACUGGA